AUGGAGAGAGGUGGUGGAAGUGGAGUGUGGACUGGGAUGUCAUGGGGACCCAUUUUUGGGACUGUUCAGUCUCAACCUCAGUCUCCGUCUCCGUCUCAGAGGGUUCCUGAUCAAACGAUUCCUAAUCUUGUUAUUCCAGAUGUGCAGUCAUUGCAAAUUUCAGAAGAGAAGCCUCAAUCAACUCCUUUAGAAAGUAAGGAGAACAGACUUAUGCCCAUAAAACGGCCUGACAAAGGAGGCAAGCUUACGAUCAGGCCGAUAACGCUUCUCGUCAACCAUUUUCCUGUCAGCUUCGAUCGGGAGAGCACAGUGUUACACUAUGAUGUGGAUAUUAAACCCGAUACGUCUGCCAGCAAUAGGUCAGCAAAAAAAUUCAUCCCAAAAUCUGAUCGACGUUUGAUCAAGGACAAGCUAUCCUCUGAUGAUCCAACGGGAUUUCCUCAGGAAAAGACUGCUUAUGAUGGUGAGAAGAACCUUUUUAGUGCAGUGACAUUGUCCCCUGGGCAAUUCAAGGUGGAAUUGUCUCGUGGAGAAGAGAUGAAGAGUCGUCCCUAUUUAUUUACAUAUCAGUUUGUAAAUGAGCUAAAGUUUUCAAAUCUAGAGGAUUACGUAAGUGGGAAGCUUGAGUGUAUCCCACGCGAUGUAUUACAAGGGAUGAAUUUGGCAAUGAAGGAGAAUCCUUUGAGGCAUAGGAUCAAUGUUGGUGGACGCUUUUAUUCGAAAGAAUUCAGGGUGGAAGAUGACCUCCAUUGUGGCAGUGCUGCUUUUCGAGGCUUUGAACUAAGCCUAAUGCUCACCUCACAGGGUCUAGUCUUAUGUUUGGAUUAUUCAGUUUUGGCAUUGCACAAACGAUUGCCAGUCAUAGACUUCCUUAAGGAACAUGUUCGGAAUUUCCUAAAAGUAAGUGAUGUCAAAGGGUUGGAAAAUGAAGUGGCAAGUGCAUUAGAAGGACUGAAAGUUGAUGUAACUCACCGCGUCCCCCCACAGAAGUACAUGAUAGCAGGGUUAACCAGAACAAUUACACGAGAUAUUAAAUUCAUUCUCGAAGAUUCAGAGGGAAAUCCACCAACGAAAAUUGGCCUUGUCGAAUAUUUCAGGGAGAAAUAUGGGAAGGAAAUUAUGUACAAGGAUAUUCCCUGUUUAGAUUUGGAGAGAGAGAAUUAUGUGCCCAUGGAAUUUUGUACUUUGGUUGAGGGGCAGAGAUACCCAAAGGAGGACUUGGAUGACAAAAAAAGUCGGUUACUGAAGGACAUAUCAAUGCCUCCGCCGGAGAAGAGAAAGACAACUAUCUGUGAGAUGGUGCGGGCAAAAGAUGGACCUUGCGGAGAGGUCGCUGAAAAUUUUGGAAUUGAAGUUGAGAAGACCAUGACAAAAGUAUCCGGUCGUGUCAUUAAGCCACCUAACUUGAAGGUUGGCAAUGGUCAAAGUGUGACAGUUGACAGGGAGAAAUGUCAGUGGAACCUCUCUGGUAAAUCUGUGGUGGAAGGCAAGUCACUCGAGCGAUGGGCCUUGAUCGAUUUCAUUUCAUUUUCUAAAAUGAAUGCUUGUACUUUCAUUGGGAAUCUGAGAAAUAGAUGCAAAAAUCUGGGCAUCCGUGUGGAGGAGCCUGUUGUGUGCCAUUUUACUGGCAGGCUUGAUUUCUGUAGUGUCACUGAAAUUCAGAAACUUCUUGAAAGCGUGGUUAGUGAGGCUAAGGGGAAGUGUAAGGGCCGGUUGCAACUUAUUGUUUGUGUGAUACCCAAAAACAAUCCUGUCAGAAAAUAUCUUAAAUGGGUCUCUGAGACUCAGAUUGGGGUACUGACUCAAUGUUUCUGUACUGACCAGUAUCUUGCAAACCUUGCUCUUAAGAUUAAUGCCAAGCUUGGUGGUAGCAAUGUAGAGCUAAUUGAACGGCUCCCCGGUACUGAAGGUGAGGAACAUGUUAUGUUUAUCGGGGCUGAUGUCAAUCAUCCAGCUGCACGAAAUGUGACAUGUCCAUCAAUAGCAGCGGUUGUUGCAACAAUGAACUGGCCUGCUGCCAAUCGCUAUGCUGCAAGGAUUUGUCCCCAGGAUCACCGCAAGGAGAAGAUUCUGAAUUUUGGGAACAUGUGUUUGGAUCUAGUCAAUACUUAUGCUCGACUUAACAAAACCAGGCCAAAGAAAAUUGUGAUAUUUCGGGAUGGGGUAAGUGAAGGCCAAUUCGACAUGGUUCUCAAUGAAGAGUUACUUGAUAUAAAGAGGGCCAUAUGUACUGAAGAUUACCACCCAACAAUGACUCUUGUUAUUGCCCAGAAGAGACACCCGACCCGCCUGUUUCUUGAUAAUGGCGGGGGUGCAUCCCACAAUGUGCCUCCUGGAACAGUUGUGGAUACAACAAUCGUUCAUCCUUUUGAAUUUGAUUUUUAUCUGUGCAGCCACUAUGGAAACAUUGGGACAAGCAAGACAACGCACUACCGUGUCCUGUGGGAUGAGAAUACUUUUACGUCUGAUGAGUUACAGAAGCUGAUAUAUCACUUGUGCUUCACCUUUGCAAGAUGCACCAAGCCUGUCUCAAUUGUGCCUCCAGUUUACUACGCUGAUCUUGUCGCGUUCAGGGGACGCGAAUAUCAAGAGGUAGUGAUGGAGAUACAGUCUCGUGUUUCAUCAUCAUCUUCGGUUUCUGUUGCUUCACUUGAUGAGAGGUUCUACAAACUGCACCCAGACAUUAAGAAUGAGAUGUUUUUCAUUUGA